AUGGUCGGAGCUUGGAUCAUUUUGGCGCUGUCGGCUAGCAGGCACUCCGUUGCGCUGGAGGAGGCAGCUCCUGCGCCGCCACCCGUUCCAGUGUUUCCUCCAGAGUUCACUGAAUCUUUUGACCCCGUCGCGGACCAGGCCAACAUCGCGGAACCAUUGCACGGGUCAGGGGCAGAUGAGGGCAGGGAUCCGGACGCUUCGCUUCGGGACUUGCUCGAGACGCUCGGGGAAUCCCAUGUCCGGGACGAGGUGUUGAAACCAGAGCCUCCUCUCGACGGCGACGUGGGGCGGCAGCACGAGAAGCGGGAAGAUCCGGCUACUUAUUCAACAGAGUUGACGGUCGACCUCCAGGCAGCCUCAGAGCUCGCAGAGACCGGAGACGGUCGUGACAGCGCAACGCCCGAGGAGUCGACGGCGACGUUGCCGGCGGAGGAGGGCGAAGAUGAGGGAGAGGCGUAUCUGCACAAAGCCCGUCAGCUGAGCUUGCAGAAGAAGACGGUGUAUCCGAUCGAGUUGCUGGCAGGGGGCUGGCGCCAAGGCAACGCCGACCAGCAGCUCUCUCGGCCCUAUGGGGUGGUACGCGACGAGACCACAGGUGCCACGUACGUGUCAGAUACGAUGAACCAUCGCAUCCAGAAGUGGAUGCCAGGUUCCCAAGUUGUGGAAACUGUCGCCGGUGGUCUCCGCGCUGGUUCAGGCCUUGAUGAGCUCAGAUUCCCUCGCGGAAUCUUCUUGGACACCACCGGCCGCCUCUUCGUGGCUGACAGUGGAAACCAUCGCGUCGUCCGCUGGGAUGUUGGAGCAGGGGCUUCCUCCGGAGUGCUGGUGGCUGGAGAGCUCGGCGUCCUCUACGAUCGGCAGGGACAGAUCCGCGGAUACGAAGCCACGUGCUGCCGCGGGGGACCAGGUCUCGAUCAACUUCUGGAUCCGCACGGGGUGUUCGUGAACUUGGCCGGCGAGGUGUUCAUUGCUGACACCGGGAACAAUCGCGUCCAGUGGGUCGUUGGUGCGGUGACCACAACCAUUGCAGGUGACCUCAUCCGGCCAGAGGCCGUCUUCGCCACGACGGACUCUUUCGUCUACGUAGCUGACACUGGGCAACAUCGUGUGGUGAAGUAUCCACUUGCAGGCGGCUCGGGAGUCGUGGUGGCUGGCGGCAAUGGCAUCGGCACUGCUCUUGACCAAACUUCGAGCCCAUCGGCGAUCUACGUGGAUGACAGUGAGCAGGUGGGGGGAGUCCCCAUUAGAAACAUCUACAUCGUCGAUACGGACAAUCACCGCGUGGCAAAAGUCCGGGAGUCCGAUGGCAGCACGUCCGUGGCGGCUGGGGGAUGCCUGGAGAACCCGAGCUACAUCGACCCCUGUAUCGAGGGUGGGGUGCACGAUCCUCCGCGACCGCAUCCCGACGACGAGGAGGCAUUGAACCCGUCCUUUGACAAUCCGCCCAUCUACCACUUCUGGGGUCCCUCAGGCCUGCACGUGAACUCGGGAAUCAACAAGAACAUCACCGUCGCGGACACCUUGAAUCACAGGGUCCUGGUGUGGUAUUCCUGA